AUGCCCAGUAUUUACUACAGGCAUAGCCGAACUUGGGGUCAUGAUGAUCACUACCAUAUUGGUGACCAUCAUAGUGCUUCUGAUAUGUGGCAGGUCAACAUCAUUGUCGAUCUAUGCUUUCUCAUCAUCCUCCUAUGCCUGCAGCUAUUUUUCUUUUCUUCAGUUAUAGGGAGUGUAGGAGAUGGUAGUUGGGUUCUUUUGAUAUUUGCGGCUAUAUGUACAGAAGGACUAUGGGACCAAGUUGAAGUACGAAACUGA